AUGGUGCCACUUAAAUACCCUUCAUUUAUUAUACCCUUGCUUCUCAUCACGUUUACAUCAAUGAACAGCAGCAUCAUUGUAGCAGAGGCAAGAAACCUUCUAGAGAUACAUCUGCCUGAUCUUCCUAAUUUACCUGAAAUUCCAAAGCCUGAACUGCCAGACUUACCUGAGUUUCCCAAACCAGAACUGCCCAACUUACCUGAGAUCCCUAAGCCUGAACUGCCCCAUUUACCUUCCCUGGAAGUGCCAGAAGUAUCGGAUUUGCCAUUUCCAAAGUUCCCUGAUCUGCCAAAUGACUUUCCUAUCCCAUCUGAGAUACCAUGA